AUGGCUCACCGAGGAAACGACGAUUCACUCAGGGCCGUCUUUUCCAACAAAGAUGCUCCAGGAACAGUUAAACAAGUUGUCAUCCCACGGACGUCUAUGCCGGCGCUCCGCAUCGAUACCUCUCAGUCUCCAGCGGAGCCGAUUUACAAUCCCUACGCCGGGUUUGAACUCACUCUGCAGCGGUAUCCUCUACAAGACAAGACACCGUCAUCAUCACGACAGCUGCACAGCCACCGUUUAGGACCUCGAAGACAGCAGCAAAACCAGCACGACGACCGGCCCGACCAGACGCACCAACAGGGACACGACGAUCCACGGCAGCACCAGGCAACUCGGCCGCUCCCAAAAGAGUUCUACUCCCGCAGGCACCAGAGGCUUCGAGCACAAAAUCCACAGCAAGUCAUUCGGGGGCCGACCUGGGGCAAGAUUCGUCGGGAAGACAAGUUUCCGCCACCGGUGCGUCCGGCUUCGAUAUCCCCUCAUCCUGAUCAUUCUAUGUACCCGUCGUACAAAUUCAUCCAGCCAAAUUUUGGAAUCGUGCACGAUUAUCAGCGACCGCUGCAGACGCCCGCUACAGCAAUAACGAGGCCCAGCCACACAAUAUCACCGCAGUCACACUCUGGUCCCGGCUCCGAGCCUCUGACCGCCAUGUCGCUGGCAGCCGGAGACGCGCUGCCAUUCCAGCCCAGAAGCCCUCUUCCAGCUGAGCCAGUUCCACCGAAACGAAGUCGUUCUUCUUCGGAAGCUCACGAGGCCUACUUUCGACCACUGCCUCUUCGUCAGCAGAUCGUUUCAAAGCGACAAAGGCGGACGCACUUGUAUCACGGGGCCCCACGACAGACGGCGUACCCGAUUCCCACGUCCAAUCCUAUUCAGCAGCACCCUCGUCCUCUUCCUCUGCCGCCGCCCCAUUCAUCCUCCAGCGCUGGGUCCGGGCUCUUUAUCACAUCCUGCCUCCACAACGCCUCGGCCAACUCGUGGGUAGUUUCCUGGGGCGUUCUAAGACGGCUGAGCGGCCGCAACAAAGCACCGUCGCGGACCUAG